CCUCUCGCAGUCUCGCACGUGUGCGCCCCCAUCAUCCUGCUCCGGCUCCCUCGCGCACGGUGCCUGCGCCCGAAACCCUCAGCUCCAGCAGUGACGAUGGUGGCAGCACCGGCAUGCGGCGCCGCGCGGGAGCUCGCCCGUCGAGAGCGGUACAUGCAGAUGAUGCUCGCCGCCGAAGUCCACCUGGGCACCAAAAACUGCGACUUCCAGAUGGAGCGCUACACCCACAUGCGCCGCACUGACGGUAUUUACAUUAUUAACCUUGGAAAGACCUUGGAGAAACUUGAAUUGGCUGCGAGAGUGAUCGCUGCAAUUGAAAACCCCAAGGACAUCAUCGUGCUGUCUGCUAGGCCAUAUGGCCAGAGGGCUGUCCACAAGUUUGCGCAGUACACUGGUGCUCAUGCCAUUGCCGGCAGGCACACUCCUGGUACAUUCACCAACCAGUUGCAAACCUCUUUCAGUGAGCCGCGUCUUCUUAUCCUGACUGACCCCAGGACUGAUCAUCAGCCCAUUAAGGAGUCUGCACUUGGAAACAUCCCCACAAUUGCCUUCUGCGACACUGACUCACCUGUGCGCUAUGUGGAUAUUGGCAUUCCUGCAAAUAACAAGGGGAAGCAGAGCAUCGGCUGUCUCUUCUGAUUGCUUGCUAGGAUGGUCCUUGAGAUGCGGGGUACAAUUCUCCCAGGACACGAGUGGGAUGUCAUGGUUGAUCUUUUCUUCUACAGAGACCCAGAAGAAACUAAGGAGCUGGAGGAGGAAGAGGCUUUGGUUGCUCCUGACUAUGGUGCUGUUGCAGAAUAUGCUGCUACAGGGACUGACAACUGGGGUGGUGAUUGGGGGGCUGGUGAUACUGCAGCUCCACCUGCUGGCGCUCCUGCACCAACUGGUGCCGACUGGACUGCUGCUCCAGCUCCUCCGGCUGAAGGUGUCUGGGAUGCAGCUGCUGCCCCUCCUGCAGCAACCCCUGGAUGGGAACAAGGUGUUGCCCCCGUCGCCGCCUGAUGAGCUGAAAACUGAGUUACAUGUGAUCAGAAUUUGUUGGUAGACACUGCUCGAGUGGCAUGGAUUUUUUUUUUUACUGUAAUGAGUUAGAUGCAAAUCAAUUUUGUGUUAUUGACUCUGCUGGGACAGCGAGUAAACCGGCCCUUUUUUGUUACCUCAAAUGGAUAGCACUAUGUUAAGCGCAUUUUGAGAACCGUAUAUCGUUCAUUGC